GAGUGCGGCACUACGGGCACUCGAUCGACCACUAUAAAUUGCGCCAUCUCGCUUCUUGUCUUCGCAACGUAGUACCCUAAGCUAGCAACUUGAUCUUGUGAUCUUGUCACUCCUAAGUAACCAAUAGCUGCUUCUACUAUCUGUGUCCGGCCGUACUUAGCUAACUGAUCAGUGAUCACUAGCCUUCGAGCUAGCUAGCUAGGAAGAAAAGGCCGGCCAUGAUGAUAAUGUCUCUGCUAGCCAAGUGCCUCGUGCUCUCCCUCUCCGCUGUAGUCCUCCUCCUCCUCUCACCGGGCAUCAGCACCGGCGCCUCCGCCAUGGGCCUUCCCCCGCCGCAGACGCCAGUAAACUUCACCAUCGGCGUGCAAGGCAUGGCCUGGUGCAAGACCUGCCAUUACCGCGGCUACUACGCUCCCAUGGACGCCUCCCCUCUCCCAGGGGCGGUGGCGUACCUUCGGUGCGUGAGGGGGAGAAGGGGGGUGUCGGUGAGGGGGGUGGCGGGGAAGGGGGGCUACUUCCUGAUCCAGUCGGCGAAGAUGGCGUCCUUCACCAGCAGCGACUGCAGAGUGGUCGUGCGGGCGUCGCCGAAGCGGGCGUGCGGGGCGGCGGAGUUCCCCGCCGCGGACCUGGAGGGGCUGCCGCUCAAGUUCGAGCGGUUCCUCACGCUCGGCGACGGGAUCCAGGCGCUCUACUCCGUCGGCAACUUCCUCUUCCGCCCCAACUCCCCCGGCAAGUGCAAGUGAUCGAUGCGGUCGCCAUGGACUCGCUCUCGAAUAAAUGGAUUAGGGUUUAGUGAAGCGUGUGGGAGAUGAAUUCGAAUGUAGUACUCCGUUAGGUUAAUUUGUUCUGUUGCAGUUGUUCUGUAAGUGUUUUUUUUCUAGAGACUUGGAUUUGAAUUGAGCAGUGUACGUUUGAAUUGUCCCUUGAUGAUGGAGCUUGCGAACAAGGGCGUGGAUCAGAUAGCCCGGAUUUGGUCGCA